AGUUCGGGGUACAUUUAUUGGCUUAUUUUCUAGUUGUUCAAAAUGCAAAACCCUAUUUGCGAACCGUUCACAAGUUGGCCAAUGAAAUUCGACAUCAACCAGCUGGUGAAGGAGUUCCAACCGGAGGUAAAGGGGCGAGAGGUGGAUGAAGAUAAGUCGCCAAGGGAUUUUCUCCACCUUCCCGACAAUAAUUGGGUGGUCCUGCCCAGUUUUAAGUAUCACUUUGAGCACCUGAGUCCGUAUCUAUCCUGCCGCCAAAGCCAAUAUAUGAGAUGUCGCUUUCGAAAGUUUUUGGACAACGUUCCGAGCAGAUAUGUAACCAUUGCUUUGUACGGCUCUAAUGUUAGCAAUAUGCCAAAGCCAAGACGAAAGAGUCUAAAUGGUCAGUUUUAUGGAGUGGAUAACAAGCUUGCACCUGUUCCAGCUGUCGGAGAUCCACGCUCACCCCCGCACCGAAAAUAGAUAAACUUAAAAAAAUAUUUGUUAUUUAAAUUCAACAUUAACGGUCCACAAAUUUUGAGGAUAUUUAGACAUUAACAUUAUAAAUUCCUAGUGCGAGAAAUAAAUCGAAGUAUUUUGGGAACUUUAA